AGACACUUAAACACCUCACCAUUCUGCUCUCUUUCCUCUAGAGACUCCUUGCUGUAGUUAGGGUCUCCUCUGAAAUGCCAAUGCAGACAUGUCCUCUGCAGGGCUAUUUUUGUGCCAUCCAGCCAAAACAGCAAACAAGCCGUCAGCCAGUCCGGCCAAAGAUAACAACUACAGGAUGAACCGCUACAAGAACAAAGCUCUGAACCCGGAGGAGAUGAGGCGCAGGAGAGAGGAGGAGGGCAUCCAACUCAGGAAACAGAAACGAGAACAACAGCUUUUCAAGAGGAGGAACGUGGACGUUCUCAAUGAAGAGGAAGCCAUGUUCGAGAGUCCACUGGUGGACUCCUACCUCAGCUCUCCAGUUACAGAAGGAGUCAUUACCAGAGACAUGGUUGAGAUGCUUUUCUCGGAGGACCCGGAGCUUCAGCUCACCACAACACAAAAGUUCAGAAAACUACUUUCCAAAGAGCCCAACCCACCAAUUGAUGAAGUUAUAAACACGGCCGGAGUAGUGGAGAAGUUUGUGGAGUUCUUGAAGAAGAGUGUCAACUGCACACUACAGUUUGAAGCAGCUUGGGCGUUGACCAAUAUAGCAUCCGGCACAUCCAUGCAGACAAAGACGGUGAUUGAGGCAGGAGCCGUGCCGAUCUUCAUUGAACUACUUAACUCAGACUUUGAGGACGUCCAGGAACAGGCUGUGUGGGCCUUGGGUAAUAUUGCAGGGGAUAGUGCGGUGUGCAGAGACUAUGUGCUGAACUGCGACAUCCUUCCACCGUUAUUAAUGCUUCUGACCAAAUCCACUAGAUUGACCAUGACGAGGAAUGCAGUGUGGGCUCUGUCUAAUCUCUGUAGAGGAAAAAACCCUCCACCUGUGUCACCCUGUCUGCCAGUGCUGUCCAGGCUUUUAUUUAGCAGUGACCCAGACCUGCUGGCAGACGCCUGCUGGGCCCUGUCCUACCUCUCAGACGGCCCCAAUGACAAGAUCCAAGCUGUCAUCGACUCUGGCGUCUGCAGGCGUCUUGUAGAGCUACUCAUGCACACGGACUAUAAGGUGGCCUCCCCGGCCCUGAGAGCUGUAGGAAACAUUGUCACCGGAGAUGACAUCCAAACACAGGUGGUGUUGAACUGCUCCGCCCUGCCCUGUCUGCUGCACCUUCUCAGCAGCGCUAAAGAGUCCAUUCGUAAAGAGGCAUGCUGGACCAUCUCAAACAUCACAGCAGGAAACCGAGCACAGAUUCAGACGGUAAUUGAUGCCAACAUCUUCCCAGUGCUGAUCGACAUCCUACAGAAAGCAGAGUUCAGGACCAGGAAAGAGGCGGCCUGGGCCAUCACUAACGCCACCUCUGGAGGAACCCCAGAGCAGAUCAGAUAUCUGGUCAACCUGGGCUGCAUUAAGCCCCUGUGUGACCUGCUGACGGUGAUGGACUCUAAGAUCGUUCAGGUGGCUCUCAACGGGCUGGAGAACAUCCUGAGGCUCGGCGAGCAGGAAGCCAAGCAGGAGAACAGCGGCACUGGAGUGAAUCCUUACUGCAGCCUCAUUGAAGAAGCCUAUGGUCUCGACAAGAUCGAGUUCCUCCAAAGCCACGACAACCAGGAGAUCUACCAGAAGGCCUUCGAUCUAAUCGAGCACUACUUCGGGGUGGAGGACGAGGACAACAGUCUAGCUCCUCAGGUGGACCAGGCCAACCAGCAGUUUCUGUUCCCCCAGCAGGAGGCCCCCAUGGAGGGCUUCCAGCUAUAAGUCCGCACCCCUCUCCUCUAAAAUGCACCAUCUACCCCCUCCAUACCUCCUCAUCUCACGGAGGACCCCCUAGAUGCCAGAGUCAAACUUCCAUGCCCUCUUCCCUGAUCUGCCCCCCCCCCUUUUCACCUCUACCAUCACCACCCACCCCCCCUUUUGGAGGAAAACUAAAACUGUCCCGCCUAAAAAAGAAAAAAAAAAGCCUCCUUUAUUCUUUCUUCACUCUCCUGAACCAGUGGACGACUUCUUGCAGGGCAGACCCGCGUGUCUCUUGGCCAAUGGGAGAGCGCCACACAAACUCCAGUGCACGUAGAAAGUGACACCCCCCCCCCCUAAAGUCUGCCCUGGCUUCAAACGCACACACAGACACCUUGCAUAGCUCUCAUUGGCAGUAAUGAUCGUUUGUUGGGUAAUACCUCUAUAAACACUUUCAUUUCUUUUCCAAUGGGACAUUCCUAUUUUCAGGAUGACCCAUGCACCCCCUCGCAGAAUCCACAGACGGGUGCAUGAGGUGAAAGCUCUUGAUGUCAGUCUGACUUAGUGCAAUUCAAAAAAAGAAAAAAAAACCGAGUUACAUGAUCCCGUUUUGUUUUACGAUUUAGUUGCUCCCCCCCCCCGACACUUAUUUAUCUUCACCUUUUUAGUGCUUGUGAUUUAUUUUCCAGGCCUGCGGCUGACCUGCGUGUGCAGACGGACGCUCGAGCUAAGAAGUGUGAUUUUUAUUUUAUUUCUUUUCUUGCGUCUAACAUUUCUUUUUUUCUUUUUUUGUGGGACAAAUGUCAUGGGGAGGGUUGAGGUAGGAAGCUUUUUGGAACUCUAUCUUGACUUUAGGAGGGGCUCUGGAGGAGAUAUUGGAAAAGGUGUUGAGGCUUUUUAGAGGAUAUGUUUCAAGAUCUAGAAGAAAAAAAAAUCCAGUUUUCGAGCGUGGUAUAGUUAGAGAGCCAAUGUUCGUCGUGUGCUGUGUUAUUAAUAACAAUAUGAAUUAUGAAGUGAUCUAACUAUUAAACAAGGCACAGCUGGGGGUUUAAGGGGGAGCGGCUCUGGCACGCAGCAGCAAAAAAAAACAUUCAUAUUUUUAUAUUUAAAUGAAUUCAAGAGAUGUUUAAAGUUGGCUGAAAUACCAGACUCGUUUAUAGUUUUGAUUGUCUGAUUUCAUUGAAGCCCGGUGUAAACAGGUUGCUGCUGGUUAGCGAGGCUCUGCGCUCCCCCUCCCCGGCUGUAUGCGGGAGGGUUUUUGCAUGGUGUUAUAUUACCCUGCAUACCGUCGAUGAGUAUCCCUGGCCAAACAGCGACCGUUGGCACAGAGACCAAGAACAGUGUGAAGAAGCACAAAGAAGCAACAACUGAUGGGUGUGGUGGUGUGAACAGUGGUAGUGUAGUGACGGUGGUGUUUUGUAUAGUGGUAGAGUUGAUAUAUAACCUAUGGCAUUCUUUAUCACUAUAUCUUGGAGGAAUGGGAAUUACAAGCGUUGAUGAUUUUGCAUGGGUCCGUUGUGAUAUUGUAAAUAGCCUCCUCUGCCUGGCGAGGAAAGUGCGCCGCUUCUUUGUCCCCUCGAGGGUCUAAUAACAACCCGAGUUUGGCCGGGGGUACAUCUCGAGACAAGGCGACGGGCCUAACUGCAACCGAAGAAUUCAAGUAUAAGUUUAUAUUUGAAUUUUGAUGUAUUUGCAUUAUAUAUAAAUAUAUAUUUGCACACACUUCAUGCACACUUGCAUACAACACCAGCAGACACUGUACACACACCUCUUACAGAUGAGUGGCUAGUAGCAAGUCAAAUAGUUUCCAUAGUCUUUGGAGUGGAACAAAAGUGGUUCUUCUUUCAUUUUAUUAGAAAGUUUUUGCUUUUCUCCAGCGUGAAAUGUUUCUUUUGGUUUCAGAGCACUUUGUUUAUUUUCUUUAUUUAUAAAAAUGUUGCCCCCUUUUUUUUUUCUGUUUUCAUUUAGGCAAUGAAAACAGAUUGUCCCCCGAAUUCAAAUGUGAUUCGGCACACACACACACACACACACACACACACACACACACACACACACACACACACACACGGAGGUCUCAUGGAAACUGUUCUUGUUGUUUCUAGCCACGUGACUUAUGAUGGUCUAAAUUAGCCCCGUGAACCCUGAGCCUGGAUCAGCUCUGCCCGUGACAGAAGCUGAUCUCGGAUCAGGGUUUAGAGCUUUAUGGAUUGAGCAGAACUUUUGGUCGUGUGAUGUUUGACUGAAGAAGAGGUUGAUUGACUCUAUGACUGUCCCGAUCCGAGUCUGGGAGCCUCUGCUCUGUGAAUUACUGAACCUGCCCUAGCAUGAAAUCAAGGAACUGUGAACAGAAUUGUGUUGCACUCAACAAACAUAUGACAAAUGAAUCUGUUGAAUAUUGUGUGUAGUAAGUUGGGAAUACACUUUCAUCAAAUAGUUUUCUUUUUAACCAAAAAAAACCCCAUUUCCUUUUAUACGAUAGGACAUAUUUUUGGAUUCUUUUGAUUUGUUUUAGUUUUACAUAACUUCUUUUGACAGUGCGGGAUAUUCUACUGCCGCUCUUACAUGCUAGGGAUGAAGCGUUACGCUGUGGGGAGUCCUGUUCUCCACAGAACACGCGUGCAGCCAGUAGACAUUAGAGGUCAAAUCAUGAAUAAUUGAGCGUCACAAACUUUCCUCUACAUGACAGAUGUGUAGAGCAGCAUUUAUACCUGAAGUCUUGGAUUUCAUGGCCAAUUCUGUGCUUGGCCUACAAAUAAUGCCAGAAUUGCAAUGUUAAGAAAAAUCAGUGCAUCAACCAGGAAAAAUAUUUAUAUUUCUGAAAAACGAAAAUGCACUCCUAUUCACAAAAGUGCCAAUCCGACCAACAAAGACUGGAGGUUCUUAUGUAUCUGUCUUUGACUUAUAGAUUUGUUUUUCUUUAUCUUUUAUUUACUUGAAUGUGCACACAUUUUGUGCAGAACAUUGCUGCUCUAUUUUCCUUAUCUUUAAAGUUACAUUAUUUGCUAUUGUUUCUUUGGAGAAGUGGCAUACAUUACUGUGGGCGCCUAAAUAAGGAAUUGAAUUAAGGCAGUGUAAUUGUCUGCGUGGGGGAAGUUACUUGAGUAAUUGCAUAAAACAGGUCUUUCCAGCUCACUUGUCCACUGGCGAGACGACUCCCACGAUCAGUCUUCACCUGGUUCUCACUGUGCAUAGCUAAGCUGCAGAUGAUUGGGAAUCAAAGAAUUGAUUUUGUGCAGUGGAAACGCAAGUGGAGUAUAAUAUUUGGAAUUUUCUUGAGGUCACGGCCUGUAGCCAGCCCCUCUUUAAAUAUUGUAGUACUUAGUGGCACAUGGUGCAAGUUGUGGAAACUUACGCGACUAUCAUAGCAGGCAAUUGCAGGUACUAACCUUAUUGUCAUAGUUUACCAAAGUUGUGUCAUCUUGAAGGCUGGUUGAAAUGAUUUACUUGAUGUCUUGUUUUCAAUAUUCAAUUUAUGUAAUUGGCUUGUGUCGACCCAGUCGGUACGACUGAGAGAUUGCUUCAGGCCAUUUAAAACUUGCUUCUUUUCAUUAGAAGCUGCAAUAGCUCAGUCCCUCUCUUCUCUGUUUUUUUUUUUUUUUUUUUUUUCUCAAGUUCAAGUACUGUUUAGGGAGUUUGAAAAAUCUGCAAAAGAAUCCUGAAGACUGCAAUAAAUAUUGUCCAAAAUCAGGCACCCCAGAGGCAAAGAUCCACCUGCAAACUGCUCUCGAAGGUGACGCUCCGUCAGCUGGGUGGACCUAACAGAGGCAACUACUUGACAUUUUUUUUUUUCUAAGAUAAAAUCUGGGAUUCAGAAAUUGUGCAGUGAUUUACAUUAAAAAGUAUUAUAAGUUAAACUAGAUGUAUGUUCUGAUACAUUGACAGGGAUUCAGAUGCAAUUCUAAUCACUUCUGAGAAGUGGAGAAAAAGCCUCAUUAGAACAUGUCACAGGAAGAAAAUACAAAAAAAAGAGAGACAAUAAAACGGGAGGUGAGGAUUCAAGCCUUUUCUGCUUUUUCCUGAUCAGGAUAUUCUGGACUAUAUUUUUGGAUAAUUGUGUUUAGAGUAAAAGUUUGUCCUAGUCAGGCUGCAUGAUCAGGAACCUUGUUAUCUUUAGGGGAAUGAACAGACAUCACUAAAUAUCUCAAAUCUGACUCGUCUUCCGUCCUAGAAGCUGUUCAUGUCUAUAUCAAAAUCUAAAGCCAUGCUUGGCUUGGUCAAGUAAUGUCUAUGCUACAAAUGUUUACAAUGCUACAUGUUUGUAAAAAAAAAUACUUUUCAUAUGCCACCACUGACCAGUCCCGGUGUAUCCUCUGCUCUGGUCCUCUCAUUUCUUUUUCAUGUAUUUAUUUUCUCUGUUCUUGUUUAUGGUUUUUCAUUUUGCUCAAAAUUACCCAUCUUAAUACUGUGACUUGACUUGACUUUACCGACGGUAUGAAUGAGUGACGAGAAACUUAUACACUUCAGCUGAACAUGAUACACAAACAUGAACAUGAAAAAAAAAUACAUACAGGAAACGGCAACAAUAUUAAAAAUGUAAAGGAAAAUAUAUUGAAUUUAAAACUUCAGUGGAAAUACUGUACAAAACAAAUAAAGUUAUGUUGCAACCCUUUAA